AAUAAAUCUCUUCUCGUGGAGCACAUGCUAAUAAUUAACUUCUUUCCUCCAUUUUCUUCACUUUUCUGAUAUUUACAGCAGUUAUUCGCUGUCGACAUCAGUGUGAUCACAACAUGGAUUCUGCCGACAUUCUGGUUGAGAAAAUUUUCUCAGCAGUGAAGCUACAAAACGAAAGUGUAGAAAAGUUGAAGAAGCUGGCCACUGAGCUGGAAGGAUUUAACAAGAAUAUCAACGUCAGCAAAGUAGUUGGGAGCUCUGCCACUGCAGGUGGUCUAGCUGCCCUCACACUAGCAGGAGUAGCUGCCGUCUGCACAGGAGGAGCAGCGAUACCUUUUCUAGCUACUACAGGAGCCUUAGCGACUGGUGUUGGUUUGGCUACCAACAUGGGCUCUGAUGCCGCCAGGGAAGCCUUAAUAAGUAGCACCAUGAAGGAGGCAAACAAGGUUUCAGAGGAGAUUAAAAGUCUUGGCGAAGAAAUUGAAGAACUUAUGGAGAUGGUGUCAAAAGAAAAGGCCAGACGUAGACGUAAAGUUUCUCAAGAGAAGUAUGUCAUGGAGAGAAUCCUGAGAGCCAUAGCCAAACGCAACGGGCUGGAAUUGAAAGACAAGUACGAUUUAAUCACAUUUGCAAAGAGACACCUUAAGAAGGACAUGGAUUUUAACAUCCUGAAAAAAACAGUGUUGGAGCAGUCACUGCUUUUAAAGUUUGUUAAAGGAUCGGUCUCAAAUUCAACCAAAACAACCAUAUUCGAAGAAAAAACAGCAAAAGAGCUGGAAAGUAAUUUCACCAAAAUAUUUGAAUCGUUUGAUGUGACAGUAUCACCUAAAGUAACUAAGCAUGUGGCUCAAGGAGUGGCAGGACUUAUGUUUGCAGUUCCUGAGCUCAUUGUCAACAUUGAGAAUCUGAACAACACUGACAACGCCGCCAGUGAGACUCUGAGAAAUCUGGCUGAAACCAUUGAAACCACGGCCAAAGACAUUCAGUCAGAACUGGACGAAAUCGAAAAACUGUGUCAGACUCUGGCUAAAAUGGAGACACGCAGGAGAAGAUCGUGUGUUAUUCUGUGAUUUUCUCAACCACCACAGGGCCAACAUAGAGUCACAUUACGACACUCCUCCACAGGGUUAAACAGAAACUGGUUCAAAGUCAUGAAUACAGUGUGACUUAUGAUCUUUAGCAUUAAAUAUCUCUCUGAGCCCUUUGUUGUAUAUUUAAGGGUUUGCUAUUCCUUCUGAAGACCGCUUGUCAAUCACGAUCCGAACACAGAACCGUCUUAUACGUAUGAAUACGUCAGUGUCUGGAGAAUGUGCAAUUAUCAUCUAAAUCCUGUUUCUAGAUUCCUGUUCAUUUGUAAAAAACUUAUUCAUAUAUAUAUAUAUAUCAUCUAAAAAGUGUAUAUGUUUUCUUUAUUUUUCACAAAAUUAGUUUCAUUUGUAUGGUCCAAUCAUGAAAAAAUAGACAAAAAUAGACCUCUAACAUGAACAUUAUGCAAUUUUGUUUGCUCUCAUGAGCAUUUUGUUAUUAAUUAUGGUGAUUGUGUUUAAUGUAAAUGGAGACAUUUAACAUAUGUGUGUAAAUAAAACUCAAAUUUGACUUAACUAGUACAAACUUGUAUAUACAAGUAAAUUUAAUAUGUGUACUCUGCUGCCCUCUAGAGGUUCUGUUUGACAACUAACAAAAUAAAGUUCACUGUUUACAUCUGG